CCGCGGAUUCGCCAUUCUAGGAACAUGCUGACGUUAGCAAUCUGGCUUCAAUCCGCACAGUCAUGAACUCCUUGCAAGGAUACACACAGCAGUUGAUCUUGUUUUGAGCGGGACAUAUGGAACAUACCAACAAUUUGUCGAAUGAACAGCCUAUCAGUAGCGGGGCCAGGACGAACGCAAAGCGAAGUCGUUCCCGAAGCGAGAGUCCUGAAGACCUUGGGCAGUCCUCAAAGACGACGCUGCAUCAUCUGAAUGGACCUGAAACCAAUGCUGAGAUAUACGGGGCCUCCCACUUUGGACAGUGGGGGGAGUACAUGCAACGCAAGCGCGCGAAGUUGCAAAUUCAGAACACCAGUUUGGAGAGCACAUCUGACGAAAAGAACGGCCUCUUUCGUGGAAUUUCAAUAUACAUAAAUGGAUGGACGAGACCAUCCAUGCAAGAAUUGCGGAAACUCAUUGUUAGGCAUGGCGGCGUCUUUCAGUCUUAUCUCAGCAAGAAAUCUUUAGUAACCCAUAUCAUUACAUGCUCCCUCACACCUGCCAAGAUUCGCGAAUUCAAGCAUAUGAAAGUCGUGAGACCUGAGUGGCUUGUCGAGAGCGCAGCUGCCGGCACAUUGCUUCCUUGGACAGACUAUAUUCUCCAUCCCGGCGGUAGAGCCGAGCCAUCUCAGGGCUCUCCAGUAGGACAAACCACAUUGAAGUCUAUCUCAAGAUCUACGCCACCACCCAACCCUCAAGUACAGGUCAAUUGGAAUGAGAUGGAAGACCCCGUUUCUCGAUCGAAGUCGCCGCCCAGUCCAUUGUAUACCACCGAUCCUGCCACAUAUGAGGACGCUGUUCGAGUCCCUGGUUAUGCUUUGGGACGGUCCAACGAAAUGGCCGAACGUGUUAUGGCUGAUCCGCAGUGGAGAGCAGCCCACACAUCAAUAGCACCCGACUUUAUCGAGGGGUAUUACAAGAACUCGCGUCUACACCAUCUCUCGAUGUGGAAGGCAGAACUUAGGAAUCUCGUCAUGGAAGCUCAGGAACGUGCAGAACGCGAAGAAUUUGGCGACUCGCAAAAUAAGGACGGUCCAGUUGUACGAGAGAAAGCGGGCGCUCAGUCGACCUCGACGACGGAUGUCAGUAUGGGUGGCGCAGAGCUCAUAUUGAGAUCUCCAACCAAGAACAAGGGAAAGCAUAAAGCUGUCAACGACGAGAGAGUUAUUAUGCAUUGUGAUUUUGACUGUUUCUUCGUCUCUGCGGGGCUUACUACUCGGCCACAAUUGCGAGGUAAACCCGUGGUCGUCUGUCAUUCACAAGGAAAUCAAGGUGGUGCGUCGAGUACGAGUGAAAUUGCUAGCUCAAGUUACGAAGCGAGGUCGUUUGGCAUCAAGAAUGGUAUGAGUCUACGACAGGCAAGGCAACUGUGCCCUUCGGUCGUGACGAUACCCUAUGAAUUCGAGAGAUAUAAAGAUCUCUCUUUGCAAUUCUAUACAAUUCUUAUGCGUUAUGCAGACGAUCUUCAGGCGGUGUCUGUUGACGAAGCGUUAGUGGACGUAUCACGUAGCGUGGAGAGUCGGAGAGCAGAGACCCCGAUCCCUGUGGACGAUCAUGCCCUUGCGUUGGCCCAGACCAUCAGGGAGGAAGUGAAGGCAGCCACCGGGUGUAACGUUAGUAUCGGUAUCGCAGAAAACAUCCAACUGGCUCGUAUUGCUACAAGGAAGGCCAAACCUGCGGGACUCUUUCAUCUGAAGCGCGACGACGUCCAAAGGGUACUCGACCCACUCGGUAUCGAUGACCUCCAUGGCUUUGGACAUUCAACGCGAGAGAAAGCGAAGGAAAAACUUGGUACGGCAAACCUGGGGGAGUUAGCCAAGAAGAGCAAAGGACAGCUUUGUGAAGCGCUGGGAAAAGGUACUGGAGAGACACUUUACAAAGCCAUUAGGGGAAUCGACGACCGCAAGCUUGAGUCCGAUAAACCCCGUAGAUCUGUGUCGUGCGACAUUAAUUAUGGCGUCCGAUUCGAAAACAACGAGCAAACCGAGACGUUCAUCUAUCAGAUGGCGGAAGAGGUCGCGCGACGAAUGAACAAUAUAUCCGUGCGUGGCAGAUCGCUGACACUGAAAAUCAUGAAGCGCGACUCCAGUGCGCCGAAAGAGGCACCAAAGUUCCUGGGGCAUGGGAUAUGCGAGACCUUCAAUAAGCAGACAGCUCUUUCCAACAUACAUGGUCAGGCUACUAGUGAUAGCAAAGAUAUAGGAGACCAUGCCUGGAAGUUGCUCCUAUCCUUUAACUUCGAUCCCAAGGAAUUGCGGGGAAUAGGUAUUCAAAUCCAAAAGUUAGAGAAGGCGGGCACGGUAGAGAGUACCGCACAAGCGAGACUGCCCUUCCAGCCUGCACUGCGACCCAAGAUGCCAGAACACAAGGCUGAGUCAAUGCAAGUCGCGACUGAGCAUCCGCAGAUUGUUGUCCAGCCUCCUUCUCAAGAAAUGGUACUAUCACAGGAGAAUAGCACUGCCAAAGCUGAGGAGGCCUCUGCGCACGAUAUUCCUCCAUUUUCUCAGGUGGACAGAGAUGUGUUUGAUGCACUGCCGGAAAGCAUCCGUAGAGAGCUAGAGAACGAAUAUGAACGCCGUUCCAAGUCUCCUGUACCCGACAACCCCCCUCCUGUUCCGGCUGAGCGCCGCCCAAGGAUACCAGUGAAGGGAACUACCACUGACGUCAAGCGGAUCACAAGGCAGCUUGCACCUAGAAGCAAAACCACUAUUUCUCCGCGAAAGAGCACGCUUUUCACCAAACGUCCCACUCGUGUUGGCCUCUCCUCCGUGCGCGUUCCCGAGGAUGAACUCCGGGAGCUUGGUAUUGACCCCGAGGUUUUCGCGGCCCUGCCCGUCGAUGUGCAACGCGAGCAGUUGAUCACGGCCCGACAUCUCAAGAAUGGAGGAGUGCUGACUGAGCCGACGGUUCUCAAGUACGCGAAAAGAAAAACUCGCGUGUAUCCUAAAAAGCCCCCACCUCUGGCCAAACACCCGCAACACCCUUUCUUAAAGCAGCAAGGUCCAAAGAAAGGAGAGAAGCUGUACUUUACGAUGACGGAUGAUGUACAGCGGGUAAUUGAAACUUGGGUCGAAAACUUCAAGGAAGACCCUCCGAACCAGAAAGAUGUGGAGUAUUUCAGCAAGUUCUUGGUGCAGAGUGUUGAGACAUCGGAUACGGGAAUGGAGAAAACGAUCGCCGUGAUGAAGUGGUGGUUAGUGCUGCUGCGCAGAUAUUGGGAGUUCUACGAGCACGACGAUCUGCUAGAAACUGAAGUUGUAACACAACGGAUGACCUCGGAGAAGAUAGGAAAGGGUUGGUGGGCAGCCUUCCGAGAGGUGAAAUCCAAGGUGGAUGAAAUAACUAAGAAGCGCUUUGGAGGUACUCUUUGCUUGAAGUAAUUGACGUGUAUUAUUCCUGGGCAUUAGUUUAUUUGUGACUGAAAGCUACGUACGUACCAGCGGACGAAGUUCU